AUGUUAGAUCUUGAGGUGAUUCCGGAACGAUCUCUUGGCUGUAGCCAAUGGAAGUUUAUAAUCGGAAUGUCAAUAUAUCAAGUUAUUCGAAUAAUUCGGAGUCAGUACGAAAUCAUCAAAGAAGUGGAUUUCAUUUACGAUGAAAUGAAGCCUUUGGAAUCUGAUAUUAUUAUCAAACUUCCACUAGAUGGAAUUUGCUUCAUUCAUGAGCCGGACACACAGCGAUUAAAGAUUAUAGAAGUUUACGACUUAGACCGAGUCAAGUUAACUUACAGUGGAAGCCAUUUCAACUCCCCUACUAUAAAACCAACAUUUGAGCAAGUUACGAAAUCUUUUGGACAUACCCGUCCUGGAGAAUACGAUACAGCCAACCGUACUUGCACGCUUAACUUCCGCGGUCUAUCAUUUGUUUUUAGUGGCAAUUUUAAAUAUGAGCCUUCAAACAAGCAUGGUGUGGCAUCAAUUCAAAUUUCUGAUUCAGAUUCAAUCUCUAGAAUAUAUAUUUAUGAUGGAAGCUCCCUAAAAGACACUAGAGCUCCACCAAUACCGCUAGACUGCUAUUUGGGUAAUUGCUUUACUGAUAAAGUAGAAGUUGUGACGGAAGAUGGUCUGGUGCAGUUCCUUAAAUUUCGCCUUCUAGCAGAAAGUUCGUUAAAAGAGGUUCAUGUUAAGGAAGGAAUUGUAAAAUUUGGUGAUACAUGUCAGAAUGUUACAACUAUCCUCGGAGCCCCAUGUAGAAUAUUCUACAAGCCUGAAGAUAAAAUGAGAAUUCAUUCACCAUCUCCACGAAAAUUAAGCAACUCGCAGUGGUCUGAUUACUUUUUCAAUUAUUUUACCCUUGGUAUUGACAUCCUUUUUGAUGGUAGAACACAUCGUGUUAAAAAAUUUAUCUUACAUACUAAUUAUCCGGGCCAUUACAAUUUUAGUACGUACUACCGAUGUAAUUUUUUUAUCAAGGUCUUCAAUGGCAAUGACGCCUCAUCUACAAAUACUGUCAAUCCUUUUGGACCUACUUUUUGUUAUGGAUAUCAAAACAUGAUAAUCGAAGUGAUGGAAAAUAAUCAUAUUGCGUCUGUUACCCUAUUUUCAAAAGAAUCAAUUUAA